AUGGAUCCCUCCAAGGUUAUCCUUUUUCUUGUGCCGCGCAACCUCUAUACGAGAGCCUCUCUAAUUCCGCCCAAGAACGCGGAUCGCCUUGUCAAACAAACCUUCGAUUUUGGGAAAAGUCGAGCCAUUUGUCUAAGCUUUCUCGUCGCGCCCAACGAUGCAGCCAAAGGCUUUGUUUUUGGAUCGCACAGCCAAAGCUGUGACGUUGUUCUGUCAUCGGAGAAGAUAUCGGAGACCCAUUUCUCCAUCGACUUCAGCGCGGCGGGCGUCCUAAUGCUCAAGAACUUGUCCGAGCACGGUACCGUUGUGGGCGACUACAUGUUGUUGAAGCCGGGCGACACCCGCAUAAUUGAGCAGGAAUCUCUCAUCGAGUGCGGGAAUUUUUCAUUCUGGGCCAUCGUUCCUCAGCGUAACGACUGCGACCGGAUGGCCUACGGAUGUAACCUGAAAGAAUAUCUGGAAAACCCCAUUAAGAAGUCCACUGGCCGCCAGGCAACUUUCCAUCCAACCGCAAUUGAAAGUCGCAAAAGGAUUAGACAGUACGUGGAGGUUGGACUACUUGAUCCUGUUCACCUGCUAGUGACCAAACUCGUCGAUACCAAAACCGGACACAUAUAUGCGGCAAAGAGGGGUAUGCUCAUUGCCGACGACCAGGCUGCACUUCUCAAGGACCUUUCACACCCAAACAUUGUCAAGUUCGUGGAGGAAUUUCAGGCCGAGGAUGGGCUGCACUACAUUGUCAUGGAACACCUUCCCCAUGGCCCCGUUGAUGAUUACGACGUGCCUUUAGUUGGUAUCAGGGACAUCUUACGCCACACCCUCAGCGCACUUGAAUACCUCCACGACCGCGGUAUCACCCACGGGAACAUUACGCCCUCCCAUAUUGUGAUCAACUCCAUUUGCCCUAGCCAAGUGAAGUUGGUUGGCUUCAGUAGAGCCACCAAGAAGACGCUUACCAGGUCCAACUACGGAAAUGUUCCCUUUUACGCACCCGAGCUCUUCCACGGACGUCCAUAUACGCCGGCAGCAGACAUUUGGGCGCUUGCGCUCAGUAUGUUGGUGCUGAGAAAGGGGAGUCCCUACGGAGCAACCGAGAUUUUUGACCAUUUUGACAAUAUCGAAGCCGCCAAGUCAUAUAUUCGGGGUAUAUAUAAACUCUUGAAAAGAUUCGAUUCUUCCUUCCGACCUUUAUUGGCUGGUAUGCUUGAACAAAACCCCGAUAAACGCUGGACCGCGCAAAAGUGCUUGGAGGAGCUUAAGAAAAUCUCCUUUGUCGGAGAAUAA